AUGAGCUGUCACUUCUCGGACGACGGUUGGGAUUUGCAGUAUGAUUUUGAUCGAAUCCUGCAUAGCUAUGAUCUAAUAUAUGAGGAAUUGACAGGAAAUCCAGUCGAGAUGAAAGUUGAAGAAGCUCCUGUUCAUAUGUAUGACUAUGACGAAGUGAUCAGUAAACCAAGAAUCUUCACGCCUCCUCUUCAGUAUCAGCGUAAUGCUUUCGUGCGUGAUAUUCUUUAUGCUUAUAUGGAGGAAGCUGGAGAAAAAAUACGCAAGUUGGCUGUACUUGGAUGUGGUUCUUUGUCACUGGAAAGAUUCCUUAUAGCGUUAUUGGGAGGUAUGGGCAUUGAAAGAGUAAUGUCCGUGGAUAUCGACGAGAGCGAAAUUGCAAAAGGAUUAAAAUUAUUGAACUUAGCAGAACAUCAAAUGGAGAACGUAGUAUGCAAUUCGAACUCACUUCCGGCAUUGCUCGACGUUUAUAAAGGAGACAUUCUUGAAUAUGAUGAACGGCUAGCUGGUGCUGGAUGUGUAUGCUCUACUGAAGUGUAG